GGUCCCGGUGCACGCUCGUUUUAGGGGGUCUCCUACACCUCGGAACGCCUGCCUUGUCGCAGGAGCUGCUGAAGUUGGAAGGAAGGACAAUUCUGUUGUAAGACACCUUCGCUCCCUGUUGUUUAAUACCCUGGGUGCAGAGACAUGGAAGAAUUACACCACGUAACGGAUGUUUAUGAACAGCUAUGAAGUGAACACGUGAAGUAUCAUCAUAGCAAAGGCACAGGCUGGACAGCACAGGUUCCUAAAGCUCAUACGAAGCUGAACACCCGUUCAUUGCCUGAGCAUCCAGAUCUUGUGGGAUGUCUGUGAAACCCGAGGAAACCCCCCCACCUUCAUGCCCAGUUGAAGGGAGAUUCAGAGGUACCCCAGAGUGUGUUACUAGCAUUUUACAUAUGCCAGCAAAACUCAGGCCUGCGGACUAGAGGAAAACACACUCGUGUGUGUGUGUCUGCCCACAGAAUCAGGAACUGGAGACAUGGAGAGACAAUGGAAAAGCAAGGGGAAAAAAGGGAAUUCCAGUUAGGAAGAAGUAGCUGAGAAGAAUCAUGAAGAGAGAGGCUUUCUAACUACCAAAAACACAGCAAACAGCUGGAGGCUGAGAUUACGGACGCUGAUGCCAAUUAGAGCCGUGAUAAGGCCAGACGCACGGGGAGCAUUAGGGCACAGCUCUGCGCUGGAGAGGCGGCACUCGGAGCUCCUCGGGCCAAGGAUGUGCAUUUUGGCCACGUGUCUCCAUGGAGAAGAGCAGCCUCAGCAGAUCCAGAAUUGCUGCUGCAACACAGCUGGGGUCUGGACUAUGGCCAAGCUGGCAAGGAAUUUUACCUUGUUGCCCUGGAUAAACAGCAACCUCAAAGGCUGGAUGGGCUUUUCUGGUCCCAGUCGCCAGGGGCUUUUGCUGCCCUGUCACUCACUCUCUGCUGCCGUCAUGGGGCCUCUCCCUCACUGCGACCUCUCCUGUGUGCCCGUCUAGAGCCCCUUGGAUUCCCACAGCAAACUGAGUCUCCCGAGGAGCCUGGGGGCCUUUCAGACCCAACAAGCAUUUGCAAAGGGCGCAGAUUUAAAGGGGCGCAUGGAGAGGAGCGGGCCAGCGGUGCAUCGCAGCCGAGAGACAGCAGAGAGCCUGGACUGAGCACGCCUUGCAGAGAACAUGGUUUCCCUGAUGACUCGUCUGUGGCAACUAAUUAUUCCCGUGAUUGUCCUGUCGCAUUUCUCUGCGUCUCUCCCGUCCCAGGAGAGGACCGAGACACACGCUGAUGGGCUUUUCCACAGUGAGCUCAGCAAAAUGAAUGGCAAUGCCUACGUGCAGCAGCUCGUCAAACAGCUGGUGGGCCUCAAGGAGAGGUCCCAGAGGCACUCAGAUGGACUGUUUACCAGUGAGUACAGCAAGAUGAGAGGAAACGCUCAGGUUCAGAAGUUCAUUCAAAAUCUCAUGGGCCGCAAGCGCAGCCCUCCAGGCCCAGUCAACACAGAUGUGCAGGGGAGAGAGGGAGGAAACAGCCACGAGGAACUUUGCUUUAUGUGGUUGUACCGGAGCUUUCUAAACACCAGCCACUCGGACAGUGAUGCCAGGGAAGCUGCUUCAAUUACCAGCCAGUACGUCUGUCCCAUCACUAAGCAGCUGGUUGCAGACGUGAAAGAAGAUACAGACAGUUUCAACUGAAGGUGAAGGGAAAGAAGCG